UUUCAUUUUUUUCUCCCUCUUCUCUUCUUCCUUUGACAUCUGGAGCUGUAAAGCAUUUCCUUUGUCUGACCCCCAUUUGGUGGGGGGCCAUCCGUUUUGAUCUUGCGUCUGUAUCAUGACCCUCAGGGGACAUGAGAAUGUCAUACCUCGGGUAAAAGGUUAUUCCGCCACAAUCAUCUAUGCAAUGGCUCUGGCUGCUUGUUGGAAGACCCCUGGCUGUAGUUAACUGCACUUUAGUGGAGUUUGCAGACAUCAGCUGAACUUUGCAGUGGGGUGUUGCCUUUCCCUUAUAAGGCGAAACCAACUGAGUGGAAAAGUAUUUGAAUUUGUGGUGGUACUGCUCCACUAGUCUGGAACUGGUGCUUAUCUCCACUCUUGGUUCCUCUUCUUGGUGGUGUCUGCACAGAAUUUGGCCAUUGGAAGACAAUAGUAGCUUUUAUCAGUGGGGUGUGUAGCAUGCAUAUGGUUGCAGAAGAAAAUGAAUGUUCAUGCAAGCGACUGCAGCUCACAAGAGUAGGAGGUGUCAAAGGCUGGACCUGUAUCUGCCCUCGGGUCAAAUACGCAUCCUGAGGAGAGCUGCUUUUGACACACACUGUUCAAUAUAUGCUCAUGGGAAGGCAAACGCAUUAGACACUGUAAACAAGGCUUUCAGAUGUUGGAUUUGACUUUGCUUUACUAAACUUCAAAGAGGGUUGGAUGAAAUCUGACAGCAUCAUACUGAAGAGACGGGGAUAUGUCAGUGUGGACCAAUAAUUUGAGCAUCGUUGGAGAUCACUGGUGGAGAAAACAAACAAUAUGAGACCGUUUUUCUUUGUGUCCUCUUCCCAGGCACAAUAUCUCCUCUAACUUGGAUCAGCCACCCAGAUACACCAGUUUUGCCUGUAUUCUGGAUAUUAGAGUGCUGGGACGCACCAUGACAACAGCAUCGUGGUAUCAUCGGGACAUCAGUCGCGUGCAAGCUGAAGAGCUGCUGGCUUGUGCUGGGAGAGAUGGCAGCUUCUUGGUGAGGGACAGCGAAUCUGUUCCUGGAGCCUAUGCCUUGUGUCUGCUGUUCCAGCGACAUGUUCACACAUACCGAAUCCUCCCUGAUGCAGAUGGAUUACUGGCUGUGCAGGCCACACAGGGAGUGCAGGUGAACUGUUUCCGUACUCUUGGUGAUUUAGUUGCGGGGUAUCAGCACCCCCACAAAGGUCUGGUGGCACCUUUGAUUUUCCCUGUUGUGCGUGAGACAGAGCCCAAUGAUGAGAGUUCAGAUGGUGAUGAUGAGAAGCCAGGUUCAACAUUCGCCUCUCCACCACAAGCAAUGUCCCGUACAGGCCACCCUCCGCCCUCCAGUUCAGCAGCCUCUCAUUUGCUGCUGCAGAGGCUUCAGGACCUCAGCCCAACUAGUGUAGGCUGUGAGAUCAUUCCAUUACUGAAUGAGUAUCUGCAUGAUAAUAUGUGUAUUGACCUGGAGAAUGUGAAAAGAGGAGCGUCAGGACUUCAACACUUCCAGUGCAUCCUCAGCCGUGCCUGCGACAGUCUCCACAGUGAGAUUGAUCAGACACUGUCCAGUUUGGAGACUUUAGCAAAAGUUUUUGAUUAUCCUAGUGGGCACCUCACCUUCUCCACAAUGCAGAAUACAGGGAAGAGCCCUGAAGAAAACAUGGACAAUCUACUUCACAAGCUCACUACCCUCUAUAACCUGUUGUCUUCCCUGGAGAAGAGGGUUCUCAAAGCUUUGCAAGAGGCUGUAACCAGUCAAAACUUAUCUUUGCGACCAGUCACUCCUCCUGAGGCCGUCACAGCUACAAAAAAACAGGCCAGACCCAAUCCUGUGCACAGCUUUCAGGUUAAGGUGGUCAGGUAUGGCAGGCAAAUAGUGUCGGUAGACAUAGACGCAGGAGUACUGCUAUUUGACAAGAAGGCUGGCUCAUUUGGCAUGGAGACUGUCACACAUGACAGGGUUGUGCAGUUGGUGAAGUUUCAGAGAGGACCUGCCAAGCUGAAGAUAGUCGUAGACAGUCAUCACAACCCUGCGAGAGAACUGGUCUUUGAGAGCAUAAAGAAACGAGAAGCCUUCUGUCGUCUGCUGCAGCUUAUGAAAGCUGCACACUCCCAGCAGUCUGAGCUUGACAUCAUCUCUGUGUUUGUGGGCACCUGGAACAUGGGGGGAACCCCUCCACCCAGUUCACUGCAGUCCUGGGUUACUUGCUGUGGUCUGGGUCUCACCCCAGAUGAGUCCAUUUGCUCAGUGCCUCAUGAUAUCUAUGCAGUGGGUACUCAGGACAACCCGCAGGGCGAGAGAGAGUGGGCUGAACACAUCAAAGCCACACUCCGGAAUGCAACCAAUAUUGACUUCAAACAGGUGGCAGUGCAGUCCCUUUGGAAUAUCAGACUUGCAGUGUUUGUGAAACCAGAGCACGAAGGACGCAUCACUCAAGUAAACACAGCUAGUGUAAAAACUGGCUUGGGAAACACACUUGGGAAUAAGGGUGCAGUAGGGGUUUCUCUCCUCUUUAAUGGUACCUCAAUGGGCUUUGUGAACUGCCAUCUGACUUCUGGUAGUGAUAAAGCACUCAGAAGGAACCACAAUUUUCAGGACAUCCUUAGGCUGUUGUCUCUUGGAGAAAAACAGCUCAGCACUUUUGACAUCAGCCUUCGUUUCAAUCAUCUCUUCUGGUGUGGAGACCUCAACUACCGCCUGGACCUGGAUGCACUGGACAUAUUAAAGCAUGUUUCCAAGCGAGAAUUUGAGGAGCUGAUGUCUGCAGACCAAUUGGCCAGAGAGCGGCAUAGAAGAAAAGCCUUUUUUAACUUUAAGGAGGAGAAGAUUUUGUUUCCACCCACCUAUCGGUAUGAACGUGGUUCUAGAGACUGCUAUCUAUGGCAGAAAUACAAGUCUAGUAGAGUGCAAGUCAACGGGCCUUCAUGGUGUGACCGAGUUCUGUGGAAGUCCUACCCAGAAUCUCACAUUACCUGUACCUCAUAUGGUUGCACAGAUGACAUCUUCACCAGUGAUCACUCUCCUGUUUUUGCUACUUUUGAAGUGGGUGUGAUAUCACAGUUUCCAAGAACAGGUGCAGAUUCAGGUUCAGAGAGAGCCAGCAUUGAGCUGAAGGCGAUUGAGGCCAUAGUGAAAACUGCUAGCAAGGCCAAAUUUUUCAUUGAGGUCCACUCCCGCUGUCUUGAAGAGCCUCGCCGUUCUGCCGAGAACGACUCGCAGUGCUGUGCGGUGUCAGGUUUUCUCAAACUUGGCUGGUCUUCUAAACAGUUCCCCAAGCUUCACCCAGUUUCCUCAGAUUUAGAGCACCUCCAGGAUCAGCACUUGCUGUUCUCUGUGAAGUCAUGUGAUGGCUUUGAGUCAUAUGGUGAGUGCUGUGUGGCUCUUCGCUGGGUAACAGGGAAUUUCUCAGAAUCAUUUGGGACAUGCUUGACUCACAGAGGGGAAGAGAUGGGUUCUAUUAGAGGACGAAUCAGGGUCUUUGUACCACCAGACCGCCGAAGGAUCCGGGAAAGGAUCUAUGAGUGGCUCUGUGUUAAGAAGGAUGAAAAGGAACAGACGAAGGACCAUUUGUCUCCAUCCUCCUGUGCAUUCCCUACUCAAGCUCCAUCAGUCUCACACACCACAGCCCCAAAUAGCUAUACCAAUCCUGCUUACUUCAUCUUUGAGGGGAUGCCUGUGUUGCAGAGAGUUGAAGAGAUUCCCUCACCCUGCAAAGAGUCCCAAGUAGUGUGGGCCAAAGACACUGUGAUACAGCUCCCUGUAGUGACAGGAGGUAAUAGCAAUGGCAAAAUGUCAACUCGGAGGCCAGACUUCACAGAGAUUGAGAUUCCUGGCUCCCUAGCACCCUACAAACCCUUUUGUGAGAGUCCAAGAGAACUGCCAUUGCCUGCUUCCUCUUAUCAGCUUUUCCCAGGACCAGAUGUCCCUAAUAUAUCACCAAACCAGAGACACAGGACCUCCUUAAAUCAAUCCUUUCAGUUACAAUCCCAUAAGAACAAUAUGACUCAGGAUUCAGUAUUACCAGUCAAAAAACUCACAAAUUCUUCUUAUAUGAACCAUUCCAUUUUUUCCCGGGACAUACAGAUGCCACUGAAGGAAAAAGUCCGAAAGGACUAUCAUCAUGAAGGCCGGCCUAUGCCAAUGCGAAAUGGACCAAAGCUCUACCCAUAUAUGUCCACUGGGGAUCCCAUCGAUGAAACAUCUGCACCCUGGGUAGUGGAGCAGACAAAUGCAGCUUCAGGAGACAACUCACUAACUGCCCUUCAAAUUGCAAAAUCACUGAGUGAGGUGGAUUUUCAGCCGGUAGAUAGGAAGUACCAAUUUCGUAAAAUUUCAUCUCAGCAUAGGUAUCAUGGGUAUGAUUAUGGUUUAGCUAAUGAGAGAAACUACUGCUGGGAGAAAGAGGUGUCAGUCUUGCAUGGAGCCCCAGAAACGGUGCGGGAGCUGCUUAGUACUCUUGGUCUGCAGCGCUACACUCUGGACCUCAGCCGCAAUGGCUGGGAUGAUCUUGACUACUUCAGGGGUAUUACCGAGGAGGAGCUGUGUGCAGCAGGUGUGUCCAACCCAUCUCACCGACGAAGAAUCUUGGAGAAUCUGCCCAAGAUUUGGGACUGAACACAGAGACUGGUAGACUAUCAGGUUCAGGGCAGUCUCAUGACCAAAAUGUCACCAUACUAACUUUUUGCCUGCAUCAGCAAAAUGUCAUUGUCAUGCUGUUCUCAGUUCAGUUUGGACGAUUCAGUCACAGGCUCAGCAAUCUUCGAAUUUAUUGCGCGAUUAAUAUACGUUUAGUUACAUUAUACAAUCAUAUUAACAUUUUAGAUCUCCUAACCCAACCCAACCCCAUCCCUAAACCUAACCACCAUUAAUAUAACAAGACUAUAACCAACCAACAAUGUAAAAGAUUGUGUAAGUCACAAUAAAGUACCAAAUGGCUUAUGCUGCAUUUAAAGUCUUCUGAAACCAUAAGAUAGCUCUGUGUGAGGAACAGAGUGAAACCGUUUUAAUUGCUGAAAAAUGUUCCUCAGUGUGAAAAUACAUCCAAACAUUAGGUUUGUUCGACCUGAACUGAGCCUUGCCUUACUGAUCGGCGAGAUAUGAUGCUUGCAGUAAGGGAGGAGUUGAAAAGAAAGCCGUCAAGUUGGACACCUUGUGCUUCCCGUUGUAUCAGUCACGGCAGAUUGCGAUGUUUGCUUUCUUUAUUGCAGAUGAAGUGAAUGCAACAGAAAUUCAGAUAGACAGUUGUUGGUUGUAACUUAUAAUAACCAGAAAAAACACUCAUUUGAAUAGGUUAAGUCCUGCUAAAUACAGUGCAUGUGUGAACAGGAAGAAAGUCUGAAAUAAGCCUAUAUUAUUUUAAUACCAAUAAAUAAUUUGGAUUUUUUUGUAUUAUUUUUUUUAUAUAUAUGAACAUUAUAUAUAAGAUGAAGAUUGCAUGAAAAGAGAAUUGUACUGUUUUGUGAGAGUUUAGCCAAACUGAAGGUGUCAGAAUAAACACCUUGGUAAUGGCAUACUACCAUACUACUCUUUUAAACUGAUAUGGCAGAAGUAGUAAGAGUAGUAUAGAUAGUAUGCAAUUCCGAACUUUGCCUAUGAAGUGCAUGUCAUCGGAGAGUCUGGCCAAUUACGAAUAAGCUGUGCCGUCAACAGAGGUUGUGAAGCUGCUUUGGAGAAACUGCACCGGCUGAAUCAGCCAGCUGGUUUCGUCUCUUGGUUCUUUGACGGCAAACGUCAAGGUGAGGCGGUGGUGGCACCGACUAAAGUCGAACAAAAUUUCUAACCUACAUGCACUGCUUCAAGUCAGGUGCCAACCAGCCUGCGCAGCACUCCAUGAAGUCGAACACACCUAUUAGUUUGUUGCAAUUGGUCACAUGACAAGAUCAGUCACAUGAGAUGUAAAAGCCAAUGGCAUUUCAGUGAUAAAUUGAAUUUAUGGCAUCAGAGUGGCAUUUUAGUAAUGCAGGCAAAAAGUCGCCCCAGUGACAUUUGGUCAUGAGAGUGUGUAGGUUAUAAUGGUUAUAAUCAGGUUAUAAUGUAUUUAGGAGAUUUUUUAUAAAUGAUGCAAUCAAAUUUUUUUUCUCCUUUAUGAUUACAAAAUUUUACAUUUCAUUUGUAAUAAAGUUUGCUGUAUUCAUUCAUGGCAGACUCCAGGAUAUGUAUUACCUUUUAAAUGUGCAAAAAUAAAAUGUUUGCUGGAGGAGUCCAUAGGGAUUUAGUACAGAUUGCAAAAUGUUCUCCUAUUUGCUUUUCCUUCAUAUAAAACUAUAAAACGCUCAAGACUAUUCCAGUUGCUCUCUAAUUUAUGAUGUUAGCAUUACAUUAAGUAGAUUCACCCCCCUCCCCAUAGUUUGUCCAGAUCCACUUUUGGCCAAAUAGUGCUUUAUUACUUUCAUUUAUACAUUGUUACUUUGUUAUGUAAUGUUUACUUUAGUUCAUUGUGAAGGUUUUUAUAAAGUUAUGGAAAAAGAGUUAUGUUUAACCAUCCAUGACUGCUGAAAAAUACAAAAGGUGGUCUUGAAUGAAAUGUACAAUUCUCUUUUAGAUAGAGUUGCCUUUCUCAGACAUAUAAAAACAAUGAGUCUGGAAUGUUUGUGAUUUCUUAAUAAUGUUAAGAGACACAAUAAGAUAAAAAGGAUAGAUAGACAGACAGACAGACAGACAGACAGACAGAUUGAUAGAUAGAUUAUUGGCUGAUUUUUUUCUGACUUUGUUUUGAAUCUUUUAACCACAAUAAGCAAACAAAAUCAGGUAAAGAGUAGAUGUGUGUUCUGCACGGGCUUGCAUUAACUCUCAGUCACAAGAUUAUUAUAUGGGCCAGGAACUGAAGAGUGAUAAUGAGCAGACUGCAUUCCCUGUUGAUCUAUUAACUGGCCUGCCAUUCACAUUACAUUCCUGAGUCACAAUGUCCCACUCGCAUUCUUGUACAAUUUACACACUUUCCCAGAACUGCCCCCUCUGCCUAACCAUCAGGUCAGCACAAGCAAUGCUCGCUAAUCUCCCCAGCAUGUACACAACUGAUUUUUUAUUCCAUGACAUAUCGUGAGUUGUAAUUUAAUAUGCCUUUUUUUCUUUUUCUUUUUUUUUUUUUUACAACACUAAGUGUAAGCCAUAUAUAAUUGUCGAAUUAUAUAGUAGUUUGAAAACUUAAUGGAAUAUGCAGUUUAUAACUGUAUUUAUGUCAUAAAACCAUUGUGUGAACAUUCUGUGUGAACUUUAACUCAAGGAGACAAAAGCAGUCAUGCACCCUGUUAUGGCGCUUGCACUGAUCACAAGCAGAUAAGGGUCUCUCUUGCAGUAGCCUUUUGCCCUGUUUAUUUAGAGUACUAUGCGAGGAUUUUCAUACAAGACACUUGCUCCUCUAUGUAAGACCUUGUCUUCCCUGAAGAAAACUGAUCAUAGUUUGUACUAUGCUCACUUACCAGCACACCUUACCUCUGUUAUCUGAGUGGGUGCAAUAUAAAUGUGUCUCGCUCAGACUGCUUUUGAGUGUAAUAGAUAUGUUGUAAAAGAUAAUCAGAUCCGGCAAGUGACUUUACUGCUUGCAACCACCAUCCUCUCAUUUGUUGAAUGGUACUAUUUUAAACUUUUCUUUAUUAAAUUUAAACAAAUGUGAAUCAGCUUCUGAGAGCUCACAGGAAACACUAGAUAUUUUCUCUUUAUUAUUUCUAUUUAUGCCUUUGAGGAUUCUGAAAAUGCAGUUUGCAAGGAAAGUUUAUGGGUUGUAUACACACCCCUAAGUCACACAUUUCCUCUAGUUGUAGUGGUAAAGAAAAAGUUACAAAGCUGAUAAUACUGACUCAUUAUGUAAACAGACAAAGGGUUUGUAGCUCACACAAAGUGAAAUAAAAUAUAAACUUUUUUGAUGGAUGGGCUUAUUUGGGCUCACUG